AUGGUUUUGAUAGAAAAUUUCUGGAACGAGGUAUUGGCUGGGCCUGAUCCUGAUCAGGGCAUGAGGAUGAUCACCACCAAGCCCUUGAACCUUAAAAGAUGUAUAUAUGAAGGAAAGGGAAACAAAUCGUUGUUGAUGCCGGAGAGCCCACCAACUCCGGCAACGCCGGUGACACCGUCGUCAGCUAGAAAAGAGAACGUGUGGAGGAGUGUGUUCAACCCUGGGAGCAACCUUGCCACCAAAGGCAUCGGUGCUGCUCUCUUCGACAAGCCCCAACCUAACACCCCUACUGUUUACGACUGGCUUUACAGCGAUGACACCAGGAGCAAGCACCAUUGAGAAUAGUGGAUGGAACCGUGGAAGUGCGUGAGGAGAAGAGUGUGGAUUAUUGAAUAAAAGGACACAUAUAUAAGUGGUCAUGUAGUCCUGUGGGCCUGUGGUAUAUAAACAUGUAUAUCCAUCUACUACUUUAUUUUAU